AUGUGGAAUGCAAGGGAGAAUGGAGAAACAAGACAACAGGGAGAUGGGGUUGUAGCUGUUGCAGUGGACAAGGAAAAAUCAAGCCAUUAUGCUCUUAAAUGGGCAGUUGAAAAUCUUUUCCCCAGAAGCAAGCCUCUAAAACUAGUCCAUGUUGUUCAAAGGUUACUACCCUUACCCCCAUCAAGCCCAGGUGUGGCAGGGACCAGUGACAUUGUGAACCAACAAGAACAAGAUGCUAAGGCUUUGGAAGUAUUUCUUCCAUAUCGUUGCUUUUGCACCCGUAAAAAGGUGCAAUUUGAGAUUGUCAUACUUCACGAUACCGAUGUGGCAAAAGCACUCAUUGAUUAUGUCUCAUCAGCUGGAGUUAAUACGUUGUUAGUUGGCACAUUAUCAAGGAAUGGCCUUUCCAGCUUUUCUUGAAUAUUUUCAAGGAUAUUCAAGAAUUCAGAUGUUUCAAGCAGCGUACUAAAAUGGGCAUCAAAUUUCUGCAAUGUUUAUAUUAUAUCCAAGGGGAAAGUCGCUGCUAUGCGGCCUGCUCGUUCGGCACAAGCUAUCCCUGCAGUUGAAAGAACUCAACCUAUCUAUCCCAACGGGAACCACAAUGCAGAUCCUGACAUGUUAUAUGAUGAGCUUUCGGUGGUUGAGAAUGACAACUCGCUUGAAAGCUCGGGAAGGAUAAGCACAGACAGCAGUUAUCUUUCAUUUUAUGAAAAUUUGGAAUCUGGACUGACAGGUGGAUCCUCAUCAGACAUUUUGAACUCAGACAAUGAAAACUUUGAGUCCUUAUUCUCGAGUUCCAAAACUGUGACUCUGGAUACUAUGAAGGGUAAUUUUCCAUGCGGUGAAGGACCAUCAUUCGUAAGUCAAUUUGAGGAUAUGGAAGGUGUAAUCAGAAGACUUAAGGUAGAGCUUAAGGAAGCAAUGGACUCGUACCAUACAGCCUGCAGAGAGGCCAAAAUCUCAAAACAGAAGUUGACUGAACGUCAAGAUCAAGAAGAGAGACUGCAAGAGGUUGAAUCGGAAAAUGCUAGAUAUAAGACAGCAAUUGAAGCAGCACAAAUGUGGGCAGAGCAAGAGGUGGAGAAGAGAGUACUAAAAGCAGAAAUAAAAGCAAUGAUGGAGACAGAUGAAAGGCGGAAGGUUUUAGAUGCUUUACGCCAGUCUCAAACUGUUAUCAAAUAUCAAAGCCUAUUCCACAUUUUUGUUGUUAUGUUUUUAUCAUAUUUGUACCUUUUAUCAUUUAAGUGA